UGCAGAAAUGUUACUAAUCACUAUAGUCUGUGAUUAUAUUGACAAGCAGCUGAUCAACAUAACCUUACGAAAUUAAAAAAUAUCGCAUCAAAAAAAAACAAUUUCACUAAUCAAUUGAAAAUAUUAUUAAUAACUUGUUUAAUUAAAUAUGAGGAGUUUAAUUAAAAAUAUUUUUUUAUCUAGUAAUUUAUCAUUCACUAGAAUAUGUAGUGUAAGGUUCGCGUCUUCUAAGAGCGAUGCGCAAAAAUCUGAAGAAGAAUUGAAGAAUGUCGAAGAAAUAAAGAAAAAUAUUGUAGUAGAGAAGUAUGGCGGAGUUACAACCCUAAAUAUAGACCGUCAGAAAACAAGAAAUAGUCUCGAUGAAGCCACUUUGAGAGAAAUGACACAGGCUAUCAAUGCUUUUGACAAAGACGCAGAAGCAAAAGUUUUAGUUUUUAAUGGUGAAGGGGGAAGUUUCUGCUCAGGAUUUGAUCUCGAUGAAGUAGAAAAAAAGGGAUACCAGAACCUAGUUGAUGCAGCGGCCCGACUUCUCCGUCGGCCACUUUGUGACAAACCAACCAUAGCAGCUGUCACAGGUUAUGCUGUUGGAGAAGGUUUCGAACUGGCACUGGCUUGUGAUCUCCGAGUUAUUGAGGAUACAGCUGUUCUUGGGUGCCUUGGAAGGAGAUUUGGGGCCCCUCAAAGUUUAUUUGGUGGGAGACGACUGACUUCUCUCAUAGGGUUAUCACGUGCUCUGGAUUUGUUGAUAACUGGUCGGCCUAUUUCUGGAAUUGAUGCAAAUGUAAUGGGUCUUGCAGCUAAGCUCACUACCACUGGGACCGCUCUAGGCGAAUCAAUAAAAUUGGCGAAAUCUCUAAUAAAGUUCCCACAAAAUGCUCUCAUAAUGGACAAGUUAGCGGCCGUGAACUCGCAACUGAAUCCUAAUUCUGAAGAGAGUAUGAGAGACGAAGCGAUAAUGCAAAGUUUAUUGGGAUUGGCGAUUGAGGAUCUAAAUAAUGGAAUUAAGAAAUUCCAAGGCGGUAUCGGAAAACACGGAAAGUUUUAUAAGCUAACAGAUGCGCCUUUAAAGGAUUGGGAACUUGAGGAAUCGAUCGAAGAAGUUGUGGUUAAAGUUGAUGACGACAAAAAUAAGAAAUGUUAAUUUUGUCUACGAAAAAAUCUCUUUUUGUUUUUCUUGUUUCUUAGUAUGUGCCGGUUUUUUUGUUAAUACAUUUACUGCGGCAGCUAAAAUAGCAGACAUUCAGUUGUAUCCGUAUCCUGCUACAUGUUUGAACCUGAGAUUUGGAACUUGGGUACCAAAAGUACUAGUAGCUACAGCUAGUACUAAAAGUAUUGGUAGAUAUAGCUAGAACUAAAAGUAAUGGUAGGUACAGCUAGUACUAAAAGUACUGGUAGGUAUAGUUAGUACCUAAUAGUACUGGUUGGUACAACUAGCACUAAAAGUAUUACUUGGUACAGCUAGUACUAAAAGUACUGGUAGUUACAGCUAGUGCCUAAUAGUAUUUUGGUACCCUCGUUUUCUGGUAAAAAUAACGUAUUCUUGUUAUUUGAUUUGUUUCUAUUAUAAGUAGGUGUCUGUAUCUACUUGUCCGAAUAAUUCAUUCUCAUAAUUUAUUUUCUAAAGAAUCUUUAGGGCAAAUAAGGAUUUAUGUAGAUAUUGAAUCAUACAAUAGCAUAGAACAUAUCAGUUUUAACAGACCUAAGGUAAGGAUAGUCCAGCUGUAGGUCUUUUCAACCCAAUACUGCAGUUAAUGUGUUAAGUUGUGAUUAAAAUAAAUGCCAAAUUGUUAAAUGUACUGAUUACUUAAUAAAAUAUAGUAUGCUUACGUCUAAUGCUGGCUUUGUUGUAAAUUUUAGUUCUCAACGUUAUGUUCUGUUAUGUUAUUUUUAUUGUAAAUAUUAUUGUACCGCCUUAUGCCUAGUAAGAAAAUUCUUGUAUUUAACAAACGUCUUGAACUACAAAUCUUAAUGUAAUAAAUAACAAAGUAAAAUUAAAAAAUAAAAAGUUAUUAUUCACCAUUCAAA